UAGGGUUCUCUCUAUAUAUAUACAUCUUAAUCUAUAUUCAUCGCCACGCAACGUAGAGGCUACGGUUUUCAACUGCUCUUGAAUUCAUCAAGGUGUCGUCCGAAACCCUAAUUCAAAAGGAGGUUGGCAUUUUAAUCUGCAAUAUUUGCAGAAUUGCAGUUAGGUAUAGUGGAGGGUUUUAACUCAGAAGCUUCUUUUAUGUCUGAACGGGCAACUCUCUUUUUGUCAUCAGUUGGGUUGCUUGGGGAGUAUUGUCCUACGUCAAGAAAAAAGAGUGGACACUGCAUGCAUCUUGGGUCAUUUUGUGUCUAUAAAUCACACUGGCAAGGCUGCUGGUUUACAAGACCUUUUCCACCUGCAAGGCAUUCUGGCAAUAUUGAAGCACUUGUUGAAAGAGACAUCUUGUGUUCCUUCUGACAAAGUCCAAUCUAGGAUAAAAAAUUUGUAGACAAGAUGGCUUUACUAAAUAUUGGCGCUGGGAACAAGGAUGAUGCCUUUUAUAGGUAUAAGAUGCCUAAAAUGAUAACAAAAAUUGAAGGCCGAGGAAAUGGCAUCAAGACCAAUGUGGUAAACAUGGUUGAUAUUGCAAAGGCCUUGGGUAGGCCUGCUUCUUACACCACCAAGUAUUUUGGUUGUGAGCUUGGAGCCCAAUCCAAAUUCGAUGAGAAGACAGGAACCUCUCAUGUCAAUGGUUCCCAUGACACUGCAAAGCUUGCCGGGCUUCUUGAGAGCUUCAUUAAGAAAUACGUUCAGUGCUAUGGUUGUGGCAAUCCCGAAACUGAGGUAAUUAUAACGAAGACACAGAUGAUUACUCUAAAAUGUGCAGCAUGUGGGUUUUUGUCAGAUGUUGAUAUGAGGGACAAGCUCACGACUUUUAUCAUCAAGAACCCUCCUGAGCAGAAGAAGGGAUCAAAAGACAAGAAAGCGAUGAGGAGGGCUGAGAAGGAGCGUCUAAAGGAAGGGGAAGCUGCAGAUGAGGAGCAAAAGAAACUGAAGAAAGUGUCUGCAAAGAAGAAGGGCUCCUCUAUUUCCAAGGAUGCGACUCCCAAAGCAUCAACCAAGAAGAAAGCCAAUGUCUCUGAUGAGGACCACUCCCCAGCAGCAAGCCAGGCAGAUGAGAAUGAAACAGCAGAUGAUGAAGAUGACGUCCAGUGGCAGGCUGACACAUCUGCAGAGGCAGCUCGGCAACGGAUUCAGGAACAGCUGAAUGCAGUUACAGCUGGGAUGGUUAUGCUUUCUACAAGUGAAAAGAAGCCAACAUCAGGUAAAAACUCUCCAGAACGUAAAGAGAAAUCCAAGGUCAAUGGACACGCAAAUGGGAUUAACACUACAAAUUCCUUCGAGGCGCCCCUUGUUGAUGAGAUUAAGGAAUACCUCAAAAAGGGAGGUUCUGCGAGCCAGCUCAAGUCCUUUCUUGGAUCGCUUUCUGGCACUUCUCAAGAGAUCAUGGAUGCCUUGUUUGAAGCCCUUUUUAAUGGCCUUGGAAAGGGAUUCUCUAAAGAACUUGCAAAGAAGAAGAACUACCUGGCAGCAGCUGCUGCGGAGGAUGAAUCCCAUUUGGUUCUGCUACAUGCUAUUGAGAAUUUCUGCGGUAAAGCUAGCCCCGAGGCAGUGAAGGAGGUGGGCUUGGUUCUUAAAGCGCUUUAUGACAGUGAUUUGCUGGAAGAGGAGUUCAUAGUGCAGUGGUAUCAGAAGGGCUUGAGUGGAGGCAAUAAAGGCUCUCAAAUCUGGAAGAAUGUCAAGCCCUUUGUAGAGUGGCUCCAGAGUGCAGAGUCUGAAUCUGAAGAGGAGUGAAUCAGGAUGCACUAUUUAUAUAGUUCUUUAGAGGUCUUUAUCUACUUAUGGCGAUCGAUGGUUUGGGUCUGGUUGUCUAGUAUAAGCAUAGAUAUUAUUGUUGACAGUCGAAUUGUAAAGAGCAUUUGGGUUUUAUCCAUUGCCUUGAAAUAAAGGGGAACCACAGCAGGUUUAUCCUGUUGAGUUUCCCUUGUUUUUUUCUCUGUUUCUUUUUCUGCAUCGUGUGUCGGCUUUGUUGUAGUGGCUUUUAAUGACACUUUCGAAUUUGCAAUGUCUAAUUUUAUUUUAUUAA